AUGGGCCCUGGCGGCUCUCGCCGUCCAAGAAAUUCGCAGCAUGCGACCGCCUCCUCCGCAUCCGCCGCCUCACGCGAUGGACAACAACAGAAUAAGAACACGGAGCAUGAGUUCGAUAUCGUAGCUUAUCGGACGACACUUUGGAGAACGUUCUUCUUUUACGCCCUCUCUUUCGGAACGUGCGGAAUCUUCCGUCUCAUCCUUCACUGGUGCCCAAAACGACUCAUCCAAUUCCGUGCCAAACGUUGCUCCGUGGAAUGUGCAGAUCUUGUGCUGGUAGUCGACAAUCAUGCCAGACACGACAUUUGCAAAGUUUAUCAUCGAAAUCGUUCUGGAACUGAGCAUACGGUAGUGGCGAAUACCGAUGGAACACUAUCAGAACUCGAAGAUCUCCGUUGGUUCAAGUACCGUAAACUACAGUACACCUGGAUCGAUGGGGAAUGGUCGACUCCGUCACGUGCUUACUCUCAUAUCACUCCUGAAGCAUUGGCUAAAAGUGCACCAUCAUCUGGACUCAAAUCAGAUGACGUUGCACUCAGAAGAACUUAUUUCGGAAUGAAUGUAAUGCCGGUGAAGCUCAGUCCAUUCUACGAACUCGUCUAUAAGGAAGUUCUCUCUCCAUUCUAUAUCUUCCAAAUCAUCAGUGUCUCUGUAUGGUAUGUGGAUGACUAUGUCUGGUAUGCUGCUCUCAUCAUUGUCAUGUCAUUGUACUCCGUUAUAAUGACACUUCGACAAACAAGAUCUCAGCAGAGAAGACUUCAAUCGAUGGUCGUUGAGCAUGAUGAGGUGGAAGUGAUCAGAGAAAAUGGAAGAGUCUGUAAGAUGGACAGUUCGGAGAUUGUGCCGGGCGAUGUUCUGGUAAUCCCUCCACAAGGAUGUAUGAUGUAUUGUGAUUGUGUGCUGAUGAAUGGAACGGUCAUUGUGAAUGAGUCAAUGCUGACUGGAGAGUCAAUUCCGAUUACAAAGAGUGCUAUCGUCGAUGACGGUCACGAAAAGGUGUUCUCCAUGGAGAAACACGGAAAAAAUAUAAUUUUCAACGGAACAAAAGUGCUCCAAACCAAAUAUUACAAGGGACAACAUGUCAAAGCACUGGUCAUCAGAACUGCCUACUCCACAACAAAAGGACAACUGAUUCGAUCAAUUAUGUACCCGAAAGAAGCGGAUUUCAAGUUUUUGACUCAGUUGAUGAAGUUUAUCGCUGUCCUUGCUGGAGUCGCUGCAUUCGGGUUCCUGUACACCUCAUUCAUUCUUUUCUACCGCGGAAGUUCCUUCUUCAAAAUCUUUAUUCGUGCACUUGACCUCGUCACAAUCGUUGUUCCACCAGCUCUUCCGGCCGUCAUGGGAAUCGGAAUAUUCUAUGCUCAACGACGUCUUCGUCAGAAGAGUAUUUACUGCAUAUCACCGACAACUAUCAAUACGUGUGGUGCUAUUGACGUGGUAUGUUUCGACAAAACGGGUACACUAACCGAAGACGGACUCGAUUUCUAUGCGCUACGGGUCGUCGAAAACGCAAAAAUCGGAGAGAAUAUUGUUCAAAUCUCAACAAACGAGACGUGUCAAAACGUGGUUCGAGCAAUUGCCACGUGUCACACGCUAUCUAAAAUCAACCACGAACUUCAUGGAGACCCUCUUGACGUCAUCAUGUUCGAGCAGACUAGAUACUCGUUGGAGGAGGAUGAUUCAGAAUCUCAUGAGUCGAUUGAGUCUAUUCAGCCUAUUCUGAUCCGCCCACCAAAAGACAGCACAUUGUCGGAUUGUCAGAUUGUGAAGCAGUUCACGUUUAGCUCUGGACUACAACGGCAAUCGGUCAUUGUGACAGAUGAAGACUCGAUGAAAGCAUACUGUAAAGGAAGUCCCGAGAUGAUCAUGUCAUUGUGUAGACCUGAAACUGUGCCGGAGAAUUUCCAUGACAUUGUUGAAGAAUACAGUCAACAUGGGUACCGUCUGAUUGCUGUGGCUGAAAAAGAUCUUGUGAUCGGAUCAGAAGUUCAAAAGACUUCCCGACAAUCGAUUGAAUGUGAUCUCACUCUGAUUGGGCUGGUAGCUCUGGAGAAUCGUUUGAAGCCAGUGACAACAGAGGUUAUUCAGAAGUUGAAUGAAGCAAAUAUCCGAAGCGUGAUGGUAACUGGAGACAACCUAUUGACUGCACUAUCUGUUGCUAGAGAAUGUGGAAUAAUAAUUUCAAAGAAGACUGCUUACCUGAUAGAACAUGAAAAUGGAGUAGUGGAUAAGAGAGGAAGAACCAUACUGACAAUCAGAGAGAAGGGAGAACAUCACACUCAAGAGAGACAAUCCAAAAGUGUGGAUCUAUCAAAAAUGAGCAAUGUUGACUGUCAAUUUGCUAUCUCUGGAUCAACAUUCUCCGUGGUAACCCAUGAAUAUCCGGAACUGUUGGAUCAACUUGUUUGCGUGUGUAAUGUAUUCGCUAGAAUGGCUCCGGAACAGAAGCAAUUGCUCGUGGAACAUCUACAAGAAGUGGGACAGACUGUGGCAAUGUGUGGAGACGGAGCAAACGAUUGUGCUGCUUUGAAGGCGGCUCACGCUGGAAUUUCGUUGUCGGAAGCGGAGGCGUCGAUUGCUGCACCGUUUACGUCGAAGGUCGCCGACAUCCGUUGCGUAAUCACAUUGAUAUCCGAAGGCCGUGCAGCUCUCGUCACCUCGUACUCUGCUUUCCUCUGUAUGGCUGGCUACUCGCUCACCCAAUUCAUCUCAAUCCUUCUCCUCUACUGGAUUGCUACCAGCUACUCCCAAAUGCAAUUCCUCUUCAUCGACAUCGCAAUUGUCACAAAUCUCGCAUUCCUCUCAUCCCAAACAAAAGCUCAUAAGGGACUUGCCAGCACUCCACCUCCUACAUCCAUCCUGUCAACCGCUUCAAUGGUAUCACUAUUCGGACAACUGGCUAUUGGAGGAAUGGCGCAGAUUGGAGUGUUCUGCUUGAUUACAAUGCAGGAAUGGUUCAAACCGUUCCAGCCGACACAUCACGACAACGAUGAGGAUAGAAAGAGUUUACAAGGAACCGCCAUCUUCUAUGUUUCCCUAUUCCAUUACAUCGUACUGUACUUUGUUUUCGCUGCGGGACCACCAUACCGUGCUUCCAUCACUUCCAACAAAGCGUUCCUGAUGAGUAUGAUUUGUGUGACUAUUGGAUGCAUUGCUAUCGUUGUAUUCUACUUCACCCCUAUCCAAUACUUCCUCGGAUGUCUCUUCAUUCCACAACAGUUCCGAUUCAUCAUUCUAUGCAUUGCGUUGAUCACUGCAAUUGUGUCAAUCCUCUAUGAUCGAUGUGUUGAUUGGAUUUCUUUAAAAAUUAGUGAAAAAAUUCGCCAAAUGCGGAAGGGCGCUUAA